AUGGUUAGAGAUUGGGCGUUCACAAUCAAUAGACUACAAUUCUCAGGCUUAACUACUAUAUCUUAUGUUUUUGAUUUCGUAUUCUAUUUGACAGUUUUAAUUCUUUCAGCUACGUUGGGAAGAACUCUUCCUCCACGCUACCACGAAUUCCUGCUUUAUGACAUUACCCUUAGGUACACACAUUUUCCAGAAAAUGCCAUUUUGGUCCGUGUGUGGCUACUAAUACUAAUAUCUGCUGGAAUCCCAUUUGCUCAGUUCUUGCUAUUUACAAUAUUUAUCGUCUUGCCAAUAAGACGACGCAUUUGGGAUUUUUUUGCCGGUUGUUUAUGUUUGCUUGGAGCAAUGGCAACACAAUUGCUUGUCACAGUGCUUUUGAAAAAUAUAAUAGGACUCCCCCGCCCAGAUUUCAUCGACAGGUGUGAGCCAAUGAUCCAGAACAUUCCCAUAACAUCAUUGUCAACAGUAGCAAUAUGCACACAGCCAGACUGGAACUUGGUCCAAGAAGGAUUCAGGACUUUCCCCAGCGGUCAUCUGUCAACUGUUUUCACAGGAAUGACAAUAGCUGCAUUAAACUUUGCUGCUAGACUUCAAACAUUUGACAAUAGAAACAACUCCUUUAAAGUGUUUAUCACCAUAUUGCCGUGGCUUAUUGCCGCAUGCAUAGCCAGCACCAGAGUUAGCGACAACAGACACUUUUUAAAAGAUAUCAUUGCUGGUGCAUUCAUAGGAACGUUUAUUGGUUCUGCCUUUUAUUUACAAUACCACCCUAGUAUAUUCAACCUAGCCAAUGCAGGCAGAUCGUUCCCGCCUCGAAGGUUUGGCAUUCAAAGAUUUUUCCACAACAUUGGCGGAUUUUGGAAACUUGAGGGCGAGAACUCGGAUCGGGUAUUAGGUGCUGAAGAUCUUGAAAAACUUUCCAAUGAACAAUUGGGCCAACCUGCAAGAAUAACAUCAAUGGCAGAUAAUAUCGAAAUUGUAAAUAAACUACUAUAA